GGAACCUAAGAUCAACAAAUCAGAGGCCUUUAAUCCUAAAGACAUAAAACUAAACCAAGGACAAAGAGAACUAGGAGAACUGACUAUAGAAACCCUUAAGAGAGAGCAAAAAGAUGUACCAUCUUUGGAAUCAGAAGACAAAGAGGAUACUAAGAUUGGAAUAACCAAAGCAGAUGAAACAUCCCAGUGGAUGGGGAGGAUUGGGUUCUUCUCUGGCAAUCCAACGGUAGAGACUGUCAAAGGAAUUCUCCAUAUCUAUAAAAGCAAUGAGAUGACGUCGCUCACCAAAGGAAUUUCCAGAAGUCAGACCAUCUGCAUGUUUGCAGUCCCAGCAAAGCUUGCAUGUAUUGACCUUUUACAGUUCGUGGCUCCCUCA